AUGAUGAUCAAUGUGCAGAAUGUUUCCGCCACCUCGGCCAUCGUCAGCUGGCCCUCCAUGCCUGGCUGUGUGGACACCUUUUACAGUGUGAUGUACCAUCCCAACUGGAACAGCCUUAUGAUGGGCUACACACGCAAGAGCUUCAUGAGGGAAGAGAGGAUUCCAGUAAGCCAGACAACAACGCACCUGGGCAAUCUCAGCCCCCAGACCACCUACAUCCUCUGUGUCACCUGCCAAUCUGCAAAUCCUACAAGGGACCAGUGCCAGCUUUUCAGCACCUUGGAUGAGGGCGCAGAUCGUGGGGGAAGCCGCAGGGAGCUGGCUAUGGGUGUGUGGCUGGCCAGCAGCAUUCUGCUCUUCAUCAUCGCUGUGGUUCUGCUCUGGGCCUGCCUUCACUCCAUAUGCCCAGCAAAGAGGCACUCUGAGGGGGGAAGUCGGCCAGGGUCCACCCCACCCAGCCAAGCUCUGACGCCCAGGAAUGAUUAUGGGACAAGGGAAGGCAGAGAGAGUCUGUACACACCAAGCUACAGCGAGGAAGACUCCCAGCAGGCAACAGUGAUAGAGAACCCUUUUCACACUGAGCAUGGAGGAGUACCCGUCAACGGACAGAGCCAUGAGCUCAAGACACUUGGAAACAAACAAAACGGCGGCCCUGAGUUGGCCUGAACUAAAAUAGCCACUGCUGUGCUCUGGACAUUAUGAUCAUUCAAAGAUAAUCAUUGUGUUACGUGGGGCUGCUAAUGCUUCAUAAUUUUGGUCAAUUUCAAAUCCCAAGAUAGAAAGAACAUGAAUCCCAUCAAACUCAAAUGCAGCCUUUUUGCAGUAACAAAACAAGAAGUUUAAAACAAAUAGCAGGCAAACCAUCAUUUAGUCCAUGAUAAUUGCAAGGUCUACAAUGAGUCUGUACACAUAUAUAUGUAUAUAAUUCCAUGCAUUCGCCUAGCUAAGUAAUAUCACAUCUGCCACAGCUACAACAGACAGAUUCUACAAAACAUCCUUAAACUGCAUACAGUCCUAUGGCUUUCUGCAAAUGUAUUAGACAUAUGACAACAAAAGGACAACUUGAUGGCUGUCUUUGGCAUACUCGGGUGCCAGGGAAAUCUUUAUCCAUCCUCUCAAACCCACAUGAAAAGGUAGGUGGCCUUGUAACGUUUCUCAAGUCUAGUGAAGCAACUGUAUAUUAAUGCUAAAGUAACAUUCUGACACUGGUGUAUUGAAAUAAUGUGACCUAUACAUGGCCAUGAUUAUUGCACCC